AUGAUAGGACAAGAACCUAAAAUAUCAGAAUUUGAACAAUAUACUAAAAACUAUGAUAAAAUGAAACAGCGAAUGGCAAAAAAUUCGCUUGUAUCAAGCUUUGUGAAUGAGGCUGUACAAUAUAUAUUAAAUAUCAGUACUAAUAUUUUACAUAAUAAUAUUCUUCCUCCAUACACACAAAAAAUAUGGCAAAUUAAAUUUAAUUCUAUCGCUAAAGAUUUUAUUGAAUUUGAUGAACAACGACGUAAUAAUAUAAAAUAUAUCUACUCAGAAUUAAAAGGUGAGCUAUUAUUAAAUAUCGCUGAUCACCAACUGAAAAUUAUCGCAACUGCAGAUAGAAUUGAAGUAGAUAAAAAAGGCAAUGCUACUAUUUUAGACUAUAAAACUGGUAUGACUCCUACUAAAAAAGAUAUAAUAUCUGGCUUAUCACCUCAACUUAUUAUUGAAGCAUUAAUAUUAUUAGAAGGAGUACCCUAUAUUCAAACUACAGAAAUAGACCUAACACAAGCAGAGCUCAAUAAUCACAAGACAGACAAACUGAUGAAUAAGAUCAAUUAA